CUAGGUAGACGGUAGACGUGCAGUCAUAACAAUCCUUGGCCUCGAUUCUUUUACCUAUCAGCUUUUCUAAUUUUUUCGCAUCGCAUCUACCAAAUCGCGUCCUCGUCUGCGGUUUGUCAGCCAACAUCACAGCUACACUAAUCCUUAGGCAUAUAAAGCUCUUCUUUAGAGUCUAUUGAGUGAUUUUCAUUAAUCAAAAUGUCUGAUUUUGGUGAUGAUGGGGAUGUCGGUGGAGCGGACGAGCCUAUGUUCGAGGAUGAAGAGCCCAUAGACGAUGAGCUCGACCCCGAAGUUCCCGACAACGAGGAGGAUGAAUUCACCCGAAGAGGCGUAGAUGAAGAAGAGAACGUCAUCGUCUCGGGCGAUCCAUCUGCUGCUGCAAACCGAACAAAGUCUACGACAAAGUUGAACAAAGACAAAAAGAUCCCUAACGAGGAGCGCUCCACCACUCCAUACCUAACAAAAUACGAGAGAGCCCGUGUUUUAGGUACCAGAGCAUUACAGAUCAGUAUGAAUGCUCCUGUCCUCGUAGAUCUAGAAGGAGAGUCAGAUCCGCUUCAGAUUGCUAUCAAGGAGCUGCGCGAAAAGAAGAUUCCUCUGAUCGUCCGCCGUUAUCUUCCCGAUGGCUAUUACGAGGAUUGGUCCUGCGAAGAGCUGCUCCAGUAAAUUGGAUCCGGGCAUCAGCUCCCUCGGUCUUUUGCAAUUUGCAUAUUGAACCGACUCUAGCAUCCCUUCGAACGAUCCUCCAAUGGAUAGGGUUGACCGAUAGGACUACGCAGGAAGGAAUCAUCAGAUGACUUAGAGAAGUUUGCACGAACACGGAG